UAUGGCUCUGUGCUCUAUGGCUGAGUAGCGCCCCCUAUGUUUUUGGGAGCAAUUUCAAAAUGUCGUCUUCGCCGUUUGUAAACUCUCAGCAAAAUCGAGAUCGUUUUUCUCCAUUUCUGGAGAGGAUAAAUAGACUACCAACCUUGGCUGUGAGAGAACGAUGCCAAGAUCUGCAGUCUAUUUUUAACCAGUACAAUUAUAAGGAACUUAAACCUAUAUUUCCUAAGAUUGUAGAGCACAUCUUCAGUCACAUCGAGCCAUAUGGAUGGGGUCUGAACAAUCUUCAAGAUACUACCAGUCGAUAUAAUCCAUGGCAUGAUGUGCGCCUUAGAUCUUCUAAGGAUGGUAUGCUGAGUGACUUCAAGAUUGUUCGGGACUUCUUUUCACCAAGCGGGCCUCUCUUUGAUCUCAUAUACAAACUGCAGGCUGACCCUGCUGUUAGGUUUGAAUUUUCAACAGAAUAUCUACCUGCUCCAACGAAAGAUUCAAUGAAGCAAGGAGCGGUUCCUCAAUUCUACAUGACCAAGCUUUCCUACUUAGCCCCAAACUGUCUACAACUCUCUGCAUUUGAUUUUUAUAUGUUCCAUUUUGCUUAUUUUAUUAUCUCCAUGCAGUCACUCCAGCAGCAACAACCCCUAUGUAAUUUAGAAAACUCUGUGUAUACCUGUCUGGUAGAAGACUACCUAAACUUUUUCUUGCCUCUUGGGGGCAGAAGAGUGCCACCUGCACCCUACACGGGAGCCUCACCUGGCUAUAGCCAGAGUGGAAGUGUAACUCAAACAAGACCCAUCCAUGGUGGAGUUCUGUGGUGUUAUUUGCAAUCUAGUCGACAGCAAAACCAAACCAGCUUUUUACGCCAAACCCACAAUACAACGCUUCAUCGUUCUGCGUCAAUAUGUCAGAGCGAUUCUCACCUAGAGUCGAUUGGUCAGCAGGAGAACUGGAGGUCAGAGGUUAUGGUACAGGUGCUUGCUGAGUUUUGGCUCAAUCAGAACUCGCUUUUCUAUGAUCAGAAAUCUUUUACUCAGCAAGUGAGAGCCAACGUUCUUCCAAGCCAAGAUCUUGUAAGGCUGGUUAGGAUGCUGAUUAAACACCUACAUUUCUUUGCAAAUAGUGCCAAGGAAGUUGUUCCGUCUCCCUACCAUCAGCCAGAAGAGCCUUUGGAAGAAUUUAAAAGGUGUGUUAUUCCCUUGAUAGUUCAAAAGAAGUUGUAUUCUUUCUUUCGUCAUGGUUUUGAUCGUUGGCCCCUGGACUCGUCCUUCAGAUUGAUGUUGGAAACAUGGUUAAGUUUCAUCCAGCCAUGGCGAUAUCUGGAGCAGCAGCAACAUACUUUUACUGAGGAUAAAGAUCAACCCUUAACCAACAGAUGUAAGAAAUUUGUUGCUGAGAAUCUGCAUUUUUACACGAUACUUUAUCAAGAGUAUGUCCAGAGGGCGCUCAGACAAGAUCUUGCUGCUCCGAAGAAUGCACAGAUGCUGUACCGUGUUGGGAAAGUGUUUGGACAAGCUGAUCUACAUUCAGUCAUAGAGGAUGCUGAAGUGAAGGCUACAGACUACAAUGGUGUCUUAAUGGAUAGGAUGUCAAAUACUCAAGUGGCAGCCAGUGGAAGCUUCUUAACGUUAACCACGUCAUCUUCCUCAGUGUCAGUUCUACAACAGGUAGCAGAGAUUGAGGGGCCUAACUUUAGAUACAAGCCCCUAUUUGGAAUUGAAAGCAGGCAGAUGAUGGAGCAACUGUUCAAAUGCAUGUCCCAGGCCAAAGCAACUUUGCAAAGUAACGAGAAUCAAAACAAUAAACACAAGACAGGUUUCUUUGCAUGGUUGAGUGGACUUAUGAUGGAUGAUGAUUUUGGAAAUGACAGAGCGAAGGUAGAAAGUUACUUGGAGUACAGCAAAUCUUUCUUUGCUAAGAUUUUCCAGAUUGAAGAUAUGAAAGAUUAUAGUACAAUGGCUUGGAGUACCCCUUCUAGGGGCAGUGACCAGCAAGCUCCUGAUAUGUCAGCAGGAGAACUUACCCCACUAGGUAGAUACCAGUUGGCCAAUGGUUUGCGACGGUGUAAUGUCACCUAUGGUGGAAACCCAGAUCUUCAACCUAUUAGGACGUAUGAGAACAAACAUCUUGUCCGUUUGCUCAACAGAGUAUGUACACACUUAAAUCAAGUUUUUGGAGAAGAAAUUAAAUAUCUUUGUAUAAGAGAUGGAUUUUUAGGGACCAUCGCCUACCAAUAUUUUCAGCCACCGUAUCGGCAAUCAACCCAGCUCAACGAAACCCUUCAACCUGACAACAAUCCACGUAUAUGUCUGCGAUUUUUGGCUAGCUACCGUACGAUCCUUUACCUUUUGAUCUUCUUCGCAUUUCUCUACUGGAUGGACUUCUCUUUAUUUGGUGCUGUGUUUGUACUUUUUGUGAUUUUAGUCCUGUAUGGGCUUAUUGGGGCAUGUUUUCAAAAGAUGACGAAGCAACGUAGUCAUGUAGAUUGAGCUCUUUGAGUAAAGAAUGCUGUAUACAAGUCAUGAACAAUAUGGUGCCCAUGCAUGCACUACGCGCAUGAACCGAAAAUGAUGGGUAGUAGUGAACACCCAUCCAAAUAAAAGCAACUAAUGCUAUAUCUUCUGUGAUAGAAUAAUUGUUUUAUUGGCAAGUAUAUAAACAAUACAGAUACAUAAAGCAGGCAAGUACAUGUAUGAAUUACACGCAUGUACCAGAUGAUGUACAAAUGUUGCGAUUACAAAAACUAAUGUAUUCUUCUUUACUAGAAUAUUUGUAUUACUGUACUAACAACAAUGCAAGCGUAUGAACAAUAGGGAAGCCAUGUAUGAAUUGAAAUUUAUGAACUGAAGGUAACAUAAGAUGAGCUACCGAUUUGAUUACAUCAACUAAUAGAAUAUCUUGUAUCAUAAAAUAUUUAUGUUAUUAAUAGAGGCAUAUCUGUGGUGUGGUGGUUGAGGUACCUGCCAUAAAUUCCUAGAUACUGGGUUCAGUCCUUGCAAAAGUGUCAGAAUUAAAACUAUAUAAACCUCCCC